AUGCCAUUUUGGUUUCAAAAAUGCGUGAGUUUAUUUGAACCUCUGUUUGCUUGCUAAAAACUCAAUGAUUUCCAUAGAUAAUUUAAAGACACAGGAGGAGAUCAAGGCGCUUAAAGAGCUGGGGCAGCACCUGGAGCAGCAACUGCAGUUGGCCAGCAUCGAACUGGGUGAUUUCUCGGACGAAGACUUGGGACUCCUCGACAAGUGUGCCGAUCUGUACGCACAUCUGCACAUCCAUGACUUCAACCUGAACUAUUUGCGGGAUUUCUACUUUGCGCGGAAAAAGGAGCGAAUUGAAAACCAGCAGAUUAAAGUGCAACAACAAAUAGAAUUGCAGAAGGUAAAGGAUGCCAUAGACGAGGCCGCCAAGGAGGUGGCUGUUCUGGAGCGAUUUAAAUCAGAAGCGGAAAAACGCAUUAUUCCCGAAAACAUUUUCCAGCAGAAGCAGAACCAGCAACUGGCUACCAAACAGGGCCUACUGGAGAGACAGAAGGCCUGGAAGACACCCAAGGAAUUUAAUAUGGACGCCCUCAUCGACAAGGUGGAAUCUCUGGAGCGACGCUAGUGAAAAUGGGGUCACAAUUUUAUAAAAAAUUAUUUAAUGUAUUUACUCAGUAAUGCAAAAAACACUUUACAAUAACAUAAAAUCUGCAAAUUUAAAA